AUGAGUGUGCCCGAGCCGGAAGAGCUGUCCACGACCCUCUCGAGUGACCCAGACUUUCUCUACGCUGUUCUCAACCUCCCGCGCACCGCUUCCGACAAUGAAAUCCGGGAGCGUUACAGGUCUCUCUCACUCGUCUUCCACCCGGACAAGCAACGCGAUGACAAGACGAGGGAAACUGCUGCGCGGCGCUUCCUAGAAAUACAAAAGGCGUAUGAAGUGCUUUCAAAUCACUUUACACGCGCGGUCUACGACGUCUAUGGCUAUGACGGCCUGCGUAAGGACUGGCCGAAGGACUGGCGCUCGAAGUCGGACGAAGAGCUUCGGAGGGCCUUGUCCAUGGCGGAGAGGGAUCGGCGGAGGGAUGAAAUGGAGAACGAGAUUCGACCACGCGGGACUCUGCGACUAGUAUUGAAUGCACAGAGUCUUACGAAGGGCCCGUCCAGGCGCAGCUGGAUCGGAGACCUCAGAGAGCGAAUUGACGGCGUCCAUAUGAAGUCAUUCUCUCUUCGACAUACAGUACAGCAUGAUGUCUCAGAGAAGCUACGAUUGAACGGGUCCGCCACGAUCAACUCGCGCGGCACCUUGAUGUCCUUUGGGACAGCAAGGUACCAGCUAUCACCUCAGUUCGCAUUCUCGGGCACCAUUUCAUUACUCCAUUUGUUGAACCCACCACUCCUCACGCUAAAGGCCGACUACAACGAUUCCGAAAUCGGCAGCAUCAACGCCCAAACUACCAUCUACACUCCGCCUAAUUUCUCAUUGCCUGGGAUAACGCUUACUUAUGCGCGCCAAAUAUUCCAAACAUCCCCGACGACCGGCGUGGUCGUGAUCUCGACCGGGGAGAAGCCUUCAGUAGCGCUCGAGUUCAUCACCCCUUCUCUCUGGAAACUCUCCGACUAUCUUCCAAACAUAGUAGAGCCGGGAGAAGGUGCUGAUGUAGGCGCCGCCUUCGUCGUGUUCCGGCGGCGUUUGGGCUUCAGUCUUGCUGGCAUUCAGUCAGGGUUCAGGGCCGGUUGGGGCAUUGUAUACGCCAAGCUCUCUACCGAAGUCAAAGCGGAUCUGCAGCUUGGACUGGGUGGCCUCGCGGGCGUAUUGACAGGUGCAUGGGGCGACAAAUACAACGGCCUGACGUCGUCGGUAACUUUCAGUCGCGGUGGCGUCGAGCUUGGCCUGGAAGUAUGCUGUCUUGGGCAACGACUAGUGGUCCCGUUGAACCUAACGGACGAGUAUGACCCUUCCGUUGUCGCGCUUGCGACCGCGGUCCCAGCCACUGCAUCGGUCCUCUUCUACCACUUCUUCGUUCGGCCUCGGCAGCGGCGGCGACGCAAAGAGUUUUUCCGUGCAGCCAAGCAGGCCUUUGAGGAAGAGCAGUCGAAUACUCAUCGCGAAGUUGAGAAUACGAUUGCUUUACUCAAAGAUACCGCGCGCAAACACAUGCAAGCUGAGAAGGCCAUCGGCGGUCUGGUUGUCUUGGAGGGCUAUUACGGUCCCACGGACUCGACAGCCGACGCCAGGGCUCUGAUGAUAGACGUAACGGUUCCAUUGCAAUCACUGGUCCAUAAGAGUCAAUUGUACAUCCCCGUCCACCGCCGCAAGUCGGGCUUGCCAGGUUUCUAUGACCCUGCGCCUUCUUGUGCGAAAACGUUGCGUGUGCGUUAUCUAUUCGACGAUCGCAUGCACUACGCCGAGAUUCCUGAUGAUCGACCGGUGGUACUACCUUUACAAGAUCAUAUCGUCGAAUAG